AUGGGUCGGGUCCCUUCAAGUGGUAUCAGAGCAUGUCGGAUGGCAAAAAGUAAUCGUAACACAAGAAGGACUGUGAAUGAGACCGCUGAGGGGUCUGCGAGCAACGUGGCCAGGAAUGAAGCUGGUACGGAAGAGGCUCGGAAUGCUGCUAAGAAUACAGCAAAUUUGAACAAUGCUGCAGCGGCAGGUGCUGCAGCGGCAGGUGCUGCAGCGGCAGGUGCUGCAACGGCAGGUGCUGCUGCUGGAGCUGCUGCUGCUCCGGUUGGAUUGGAAGCCGAUUUGGAUAUGUUGGCGCAAGUCUUGGCAAGAUUGCCUGCUGCGGCGGCACCUCCAGUGGCUCCACCUGUUGCGGAGGAAGUGGAGAACGUGGUGCCUGUUGGAGAAGAGGCACACGUUGUUAGGAAUCCGUCUUACCUCAAGGUUAUGGAUCACAUGCAGAAACUGGGAAUAAAGUUCUUUUCGGGUGGUUCCAAACCAAAGGAAGCAGAUCAAUGGAUUGACAGGAUAGGGCGGAACUUUAAGUCGAUCCGUUGUCCUCUUGCUUACAAGAAGGACAUUGCUGUCCACUACUUGGACGGUGAUGCGCACAUAUGGUGGCGAGGUGUAGCGGCUCGGAUUGGUGCUGAGCAUUGCACGUGGGCCAACUUUAAGACCAAAUUCCGUGGGAAGUAUUUUCCGCCGGAAGCAUUUGACCAGCUCGAGGGAGCUUUCCUCAGACUGGAACAGGAAUCUAUGACUGUAAGGGAGUAUGAAGUGGAAUUCAACAGCCUCAAGAAGUAUGCUGGGCGUGAGGCUGAGUCGGAAAUUUUCUUGGUCCGCAAAUUUAUGUGCGGACUCAGGGUUGAUCUCCGAACUCGUUGUAAGAUCCGCAACUAUGAUAUUGUGGUCGAACUGGUGGAAAAAUGCGCAGAACAGGAAGCUGGAAUGAAUGAGGAAGCCAAGGUGUUUGGCACAGUGGCACAUGUCCAUCCUGGUAAGCAUGCGGGAAAGAAUCAAAAGCCGGUGAAGGCUGGCUCUUCCAGCAAGCCGAAUGCAACAGGUCGCAGUGCGUGUUCGGCUUGCGGGAAGAUGCACUCUGGUGUCUGCCGUGCUGCUUCGGGAGCUUGUCACCGUUGCGGAAGUAUGGAUCAUAAGGUGCGUGAUUGUCCUGAGGAAGACUUAAGGCCGAAGAGCCAGAACAAGGGUGUUGGGGAACGUGUGUGCUACAACUGCGGUGAAACGGGGCACUACAAGAAUCAGUGUCCGAAGGACGCGCAAUCUGCUGGGAAGCGUCCGAGCGAUGGGCCUAAGCCGGCUGCAGAGAGACAAGCCAUCAUACUGCGGGUGUACACAAUCGGUGAUGAGUCAAUGGACCCAAGCACGUCUCGUCCGAUCACUGGGACCUUAGUCAUGAGCGGAGUGGCAACCCAUGUUCUGUUUGAUUCUGGUGCAUCUCACUGCUUUGUGCAAUCCGAGAUGAUUGGAAUUGGGGAAUUUCAGAAAGAACCAGAAGAAGAAGUAAGACUGGUUCGGGCGGCAGGUGGUCAGAUCAUGUACACUUCAGGGAAAAUCCAAAACGUCUGUGUGAUGAUCGGAGGAGUGAACAUGCCAGCCGACUUGGUCGUUUGCCCAGUGAAAUCAUACGAUGUGAUCCUUGGAAUGGAUUGGCUGAGUAAAUACAAGGCACAUCUUGAUUGUCAUCGUGGCCGAGUUCAGUUUGAAAUCGGCAAUGGAAAGCUUGUCUAUCAAGGGGUCAGACCGACCAAUGGGAGUCUGAUCAUUUCAGCACUUCAAGCAGAAAGAAUGCUGGAAAAAAGAUGUGAGGCUUAUCUGGCUGCGAUCACAACUGUGGAAGUCGGACCAGAUGCUGAGUUGGAAGGGAUUCCGAUUGUAAAGGAGUAUGAUGACGUGUUCGAAUCCUUCACAGGAUUACCACCGGACCGUUUUGAUCCUUUCACGAUUGAGCUUGAGCCGGGCACAAAGCCAAUCUCGAAAGCUUCGUACCGGAUGGCUCCGGCUGAAAUGGCAGAACUUAAGAAACAGUUGGAUGAACUGAUGGAGAAAGGGUUUGUGCGCCCAAGCAGUUCACCUUGGGGCGAACCGGUUCUGUUCGUGAAGAAGAAAGAUGGUAGCUUCCGGCUAUGCAUCAACUACAGGGGGAUUAACAGAGUCACAGGGAAGAACAAGUACCCUCUCCCAAGGAUAGACGAGUUAUUGGACCAACUCCGAGGUGCUACUUAUUUCUCCAAGAUUGAUUUAGCUUCGGGAUACCAGCAGAUUCCGAUUGCUGAAGAGGAUAUCCUCUUCAUAGACGACAUCUUGAUCUACUCAAAGAAUCAGGAAGAGCACAAGGACCAUCUGAGAAAGGUUUUGGAUAAGCUUCGGGAACAUAAGUUGUUCGCCAAGCUCAGAAAAUGCAGCUUUUGGCAAAGAGAAAGUUGUUUUUUGGGUCACGUGGUCUCGGACAAGGGAGUGUCUGUGGACCAAGAGAAGAUCAAGGCCAUUGCGGACUGGCCCAGACCAAGGAACGCAACGGAGAUCAGGAGCUUUCUCGGACUGGAUGGAUACUACCGACGGUUUGUUAAGGGAUUUGCCAGCAUGGCUCAACCAUUGACAAAGUUGAGCGGGAAAGAUGUUCAGUUCGUGUGGACAGAAGGCUGUGAUGUGAGUUUCAACAAACUCAAGGUGAUGUUGACGACUACUCCAGUAUUGGCUCUUCCUAUGGACAACGAGCCAUAUGUGCAAGGCAAAGUGAUCGCGUAUGAGUCUAGACAGCUAAGGAAACACGGAGGGAACUAUCCAACACACGACUUAGAAAUGGCUCUCGUGUUUGCGCUGAAGAUGUGGCGGUCUUAUCUCUAUGGUGCUAAAGUCCAAGUCUUCACGGACCAAAAGAGCUUGAAGUAUAUCUUUACUCAACCAGAGCUGAACCUUCGACAGAGGCGUUGGAUGGAACUGGUUACGGAUUACGACUUGGAUAUUGCCUACCAUCCGGGAAAGGCAAAUCUGGUCGCGGAUGCCUUGAGCUGGAAGAGAGUAGCUUUGGCUUCAGAGAAAUACAUGGCGGAACUGGUUCAUAUGGUUGGAACCUUACGAUUAGCUGCCUUGACUGACGAAUUGGAACCGUUGGGUCUUGGUGCAGCGGAUUUGUUGUCCGAGUUCGCCUUGCACAGGAAAAGGAUGAAGAUCUGA